UUCCCUCGUUUCUCUGAUGUUUGAGACAUGUCUCGAAUCUUCCAAUACAAUGUAUUAGAGACUUCAACUAGAGAUUGGAGGCCGUCUUCAUCUUCGACUAAUAAAUUACAAUCCAGCUCGAAAAGUCGAUCUUCUUCGUUCAUCGCAGGAUCUGUCGCGCAAGACUUAGAAAAGCCAAAAACUGCUUGGCUUUCGUUUGAGUUUUUUUUUUACUAUUCUGUUCUUGGAUCGAUUAUUAUCUUGGCCUGUUUUCGACUGUUUGGGGUUAGCAAUGCUAAGCACCCAAAUUUCAUUAAUCUUGAAAAACACUUGAAACCAGGAUGGAUGUUUGGAAGAAAGGUUGACGUCUCCGAUCAUCAAUAUGCUAGCUUUCGAGAAAAUAUGCCUAUUUUACUUGGAGUAAUUGCUGGCUAUUUCCUUCUGUGGAAUGCCAUUCGAUUGAUUUUUUCUCAUAAAGUCCAGGAUAAGUUGGCAUUGAAAAAUAUGUAUCGUUUCUGGUUUUCAAUGGUAUUUUCAUUGAUCGUCUAUGGCUCUGGAAUGAUAUAUGUUUUUUCCAUCGUCUUCAUUUACUACCUAAUUUCUAAAGUAUUUCGAGACCACAUCUUGAAUCCUCUUCUGUCGUGGGGGUUCAGUAUUUUCUUACUUCUUUAUAAAGAGCACUUCGGCCUGUACAAGUUUGCUAACCUCCACCCUUUUUUAUCUUUCUUGGAUGAUCACACUGGCAUUUUAGAAAGGUGGUAUGUACUGUUCAACAUUAGCAUCCUUCGUUUAAUCUCAUAUAAUCUUGAUUAUUACUGGUCUAUUAAAUAUCCUUCUCAAAACCUUUCCGCAGUUCUAGUCGAGAAAGAGCGAAAUCCUAAUGAUUUGUCCUAUUCUGAUCGCAUCCGUCUCAAUUGCAAUCCGGAAGAUUACAAUAUUAAAAACUUCCUAGGCUAUGUGUUUUAUGCUCCGCUAUAUCUGGCAGGCCCAAUUAUAACAUAUAAUAACUUUGUUUCACAGACCAAAUACCAAAUAGAGUCACCAUUAAAAUAUAGAAACUUUUACUACGGACUUCGCUUUCUUGUCUGCGUUAUGCUAAUGGAAUUUCUACUUCAUUUUUGUUAUGUUACCGCGAUUACUAAAGAAAAAAGUUUACAUGCUUAUACCACUUUAGAGUCCUCAAUGGCAAGCUUUGUUGUACUAUUUUUGACUUGGUUAAAGCUCCUCAUUCCCUGGAGAUUGUUUCGUUGGUGGUCUUUGAUGGAUGAUAUUGAACCCCCGGAAAACAUUAUUCGGUGUAUGUGCAAUAACUACUCUGCUAUUGGAUUUUGGAGAGCCUGGCAUCGUAGUUAUAACAGAUGGCUGAUUCGUUAUCUCUAUAUCCCUAUCGGAGGAAAAAAAUAUCCAAUUCUGAAUUCUUUUCUUAUUUUUACCUUUGUUGCUUUAUGGCACGAUGUUAGUUGGGAGCUGUUUUUUUGGGGAUGGCUUAUCGUACUGUUUAUUUUACCCGAACGGCUAUGUUCGUAUGCCUCUUUCAAAUUUGGCUGGACAAGGCAUCCUCAAUACAGGUUGCUUGCUGGCAUUGGUGGUGCCCUGAAUCUUUACUUCAUGGUUAUCUGUAAUUUGAUAGGAUUCGUUAUGGACAUACAUGGAAUUAAGGACAUGUUGUUUAGAUUGUUUGGUACAUUCCAAGGGAUUUAUUUUAGCAUCGUAGCAAUCCUUAUGUUCUUUUCAGCCUCACAAAUGAUGAUUGAAAUUCGUAAAAACGAAGAAGAGAACGGACUCGAUCUACCUUGCUAAACUCAUUUAAUUAUUACAGGUAAUUUUUUAUACAAACAUAUGUACCCCGAUUUAGCCGUUGAUUUCUGUAUUCUAUGGGGGAGCAUUUCGACUUUUUUCUUUCUUUUAUCAACUGCAGUUUUACAGUCGAGUUACUCUGAUGCAUUGCAGAUCGUGUAUUAUCAUAAUUAUAACUUAGCUAAAUCUACGUUUAAAGGUCCUUUGAUCUACAUUAUGACGAUGAUUAACCUUUUUUAAUGUCAUGUUCACAUUCAAAAAACUGAGCCUAUUUGUUUUCUUUAUUACUAUGUAUAAUAUAAUAUAUGCGUUAGAUCUCAC